AUGAUAAUAGUGAAUUUAUUAGAAAACAACACUUUAAAUUUAAAGGACUAGAACUCAAAUGAUCAAAAAUAAAAAACAAAUAAAAGUGAAAUAAAAUCUUAAUGUUUAAAUUCCUUAAUGAAUGACUAGCCAAAGUUGUGUAAUGUGAUAGCAAAUGAAUUAGAAGAAAUAGAGGAAAACAGCAGUUAAUUAUUAGAUAAAUAUUAAUAAAAUGAUGAAAACCUUUUAAAAUGUGGGACAAAUAAUAAUAUAUUAAAGAAUAUUGUUAAGUAAUUUUUAAAUUACCUUUUGAGAGAAUAGAAUGAAUCUCUUGUUUCUGAUUUUAUAUUUUAAAAGCCUUAUUCUUAUUGCAAAAGAUUGAUAAAAAAAUACUUCAAAAAUAUAAAAUAUAAUAACCAAUGCUUAGUAAAACUUGUUUAACAUAAGUAAUAUGGAAAAGGAUUAGAGUAUUUUCUUACAUUUGAUGCUUACAAUGAAUUGCUAAUUAGCAAAGUCUAAAAUUUAAACCAGCACUUGUAGUCCAUUCAGUUUAUUAAAAAGUGCUGUGUAAAUAGAAAACUAUUAGGUGAUAUUAAUUUUUACAAAAGAAGGUAUAAAUAGCAAAAAAAUGAAUAUAUUGACUGA